AUGGCUUUGCCGCGUUUCUCUCUGAAGAGAUACUUUUUCUACGUGCUAUGUCUGACGGGCACGUUGAUUGUUCUGCUAAAUCUUCUGCGAGAGGACGAAAUAUGGCACAGCAUGCGGCCACAUCCCGGUCAGCCACAGGCUGUUCGAGUUACCGGCGACAUGCCGAAGAUAAAAUCCGAUUGGCCUUUGAAAUCGAAGAAGCCGACGAUGCGAGUAUUACGCACUCGGGAGCGAGUGAGGAAAAGACUUUCGUCCGAGGUAUUAAAUGUAAAUGGUACCGCGAGCUUGAGCGAAAACUCGAUAGACCAAGAUCCAUCGCGAAAACCUUGGUACAUGAAAGGAGGAACCAGAAGACCGUAUCCGGCAAUAAGAACUCGCAGUACUGGCCGAAGAUUAGCUCAAUUGUGGCCGGAGGAAGCUGCUUACGAUGAUCGUGUGACUAAUCAGCUAAUGUUCGUGCCACCUGAUUACAACAAAACAGGCAGUGAUCAUCCAUUGAAAAAAAUAAUGAUUCCUCACGGGAUGGCCGAAGCCAAAAUCGGUCCUGACAUUUUCUUCCAACAACGCUGCCCGGUGAAUACUUGCACGAUCGUCCGCGACAAUCCGGACGACGCCGAUCUUAUUCUAUUUAAGGAUUACAUCACACACGUGGGACGAAGGUCUUACAAUCAGGUGUGGAUGCUGUAUUUUUUAGAAUGUCCUUAUCACACGCAAACCGUAAAGAGCGCUCUUGUCAAUUGGACUGCCACAUAUCGGCGCGACAGUGAUGUAGUGGCACCUUACGAAAGAUGGCAAUAUUAUGAUUCGAGUAUCACACAGAUUCCACAAACAUUUAAUUAUGCAGCAAAUAAAACAAAAAAGGUCGCCUGGUUCGUUUCCAACUGCCAUCCCCGAAAUCAGCGUAUGCAUUAUGCCAGGGAACUCUCGAAAUACAUCCAAGUGGACAUUUACGGUGCGUGCGGCAGUCUGCGUUGCCCGCGGUCGCAGUCGCAAACGUGCUUCGACAUGCUCGACGAGGACUACAAAUUCUAUCUCGCAUUCGAGAAUUCCAACUGCAAAGACUACAUCACGGAGAAGUUCUUCGUUAAUGGUCUUGGGCACAAUAUUUUGCCUAUCGUGAUGGGGGCUCAUCCGACGGAUUACGCGCGUAGCUCACCGUAUCGUUCCUACAUCCAUGUAGACGAAUUCGAGUCGCCGAAAGAGCUCGCUGAAUAUCUGCAUCGAUUGGACCACGACGAUGACUUGUACAACUCGUAUUUUCGCUGGAAGGGUACCGGCGAAUUUAUUAACACGUAUUUUUGGUGCCGGGUAUGCGCCAUGCUACACGACGACCGUCCGCCAAAGUAUUAUAAGGAUGUGAACGAAUGGUGGCGAGGGGAUGGCGUGUGCACGACUAACUCAUGGCGAGAACACGAUCUCGCACGUCCACAAAAUACUUGAAGAGAAAUCGCCCCGGGGAUACAUUUAAAAGGCUCUUCCGGCAGCCACGGGGAGAUCCGUGCGUGUAUGCGUGCGUGUGUGCGUGCGUGCGUGCGUCCGCCCACGACACGUUGCUCAAUUUCUACAAACGAUUCCGAUUCUUCCAAAACAGAACAUUGCCUGAGUCUGAA